AUGCUUGUUGAUGAUGUUGGGGGUGUUAUUUUCACUAACAAUGGGACGACAAUCUUGAAACAGAUGAAAGUACAGCACCCUGCGACCAAAGUCCUCGUUGAAUUAGGUCAAUUACAUGAUGAAGAGGUUGGGACAACUACUGUGGUUAUUACUGUUGCUGAGUUGCUGAAGGCAGCUGAUGAGUUAGUAAAGCAUAAAUUGCAUCCAACUACUGUGAUCAAUGGGUAUCGUCUUGCUUGUAAAGAAGCCGUUCGAUACAUGCAGGAGAACCUUGCCCUGAAUAGUGAUGAGAUUGGUCGCGAUUCUAUAACUCGUGCGGCUCAAACGUCGAUGUCAUCAAAAAUUGUUAGACCAGACCCUGAUUUUUUCGCUAAAAUGAUUGUCGAAGCUGCUACGCUGGCACGUGGUAAAUCUGUUCGUGAAAGACAGCUGAUUAAGGGUUACGCGUUAAAUUGUACUGUUGCAAGCCAAGCUAUGCCCUUCCUAAUUAAGAACGCUAAGAUUGCCUGUCUUGACUUUUCGCUGCAAAAAGUUAAAAUGCAUCUUGGUAUCUUCAUCGUAGUGGAAGAUCCUGAAAAGCUGAAAGCUAUUUGGCGGCAGGAAAGUGAGAUUACUAAAGAAAGAAUUGCCAAAAUACUUAAGUCUGGUGCCAACGUGAUUUUAACGACUGGAGGCAUUGACGACUUCUGUUUAAAGCAGUUUGUUGAAGCAGGUGCUAUGGCGUUCGACGUUGCAAAAAAGUUGAUCUAA